GGGCGGCGGCGGCGGCGGCCGCGGCGGCGGCGGCGGCGGGCGAAGACGAUGUUCAAAAGCGGGCGGGGAGCGGCGGCGGCAGCAGCACAGCGCCGAGCACCGGGCUGCCGUCAUGCGCCUCCGCGCCGCCGCCGCCGCCGCCCUCUGCCUCUGCCUGCUGGGCGCCUGCCGCCUCCGCCGCGGGCUGGAGGCUGCCGCCGUGCGCGGCCCGUCGGCGGCCGCUCCCCAGCGACCCUCGGCAGCCGCGCCUUCCUCCGCCUCCUCCUCCUCCUCCGCCGCCGCCGCCUCCCCCUUCUCCUCCCCGUCGCGGAGAGACGGGGCUCUCCGCAACGGCACCGUGGUGCCGCACCACUACAUGGUGGCCCUCUACCAGCGCCUGGCCGCCCGCCGCGCCCCCGGCCGCCGCGCCGACACGGUGACGGGCUUCGCGGAGCGGGCGCGCAGCGAUGCCUCCCCAUCUGCCCCUGAGCAGCGAUACCUCUUCGACAUCUCCAGCCUGCCCGAGGCAGAGGAGGUGACAGGCGCAGAGCUGCGGGUCCUGCGCUCCCUCCCUGAGAACCGGAGCUUGGCCCUGUCCCCUGAAGGCACCUUCCACCACCUCCUCCUCUCCACCUGCCCAGCCUGGGAUGGCGAGGAGCCCCAGCUGCUGGACUCUAGAGCUGCAGACAUUUUGGAUGCGGGCUCCUCCAGAUGGGAGGUGUUUGAUGUCUGGGAAGCCCUGCGGGAUCAGAGGCAGAGGUCUCUCUCGGGCAAGCUGCUGUGCUUCCUGCUGAGGAUCGUCUCGGAUCAGUCGGGGCGGCUCCUGCCCCCCUGGCAGCUGGGCUUCAGCAAGCCCCGGCCACAGCCCCAUGAGCGAGCCCUGCUUGUGGCCUUCUCCCGCACACAGAGGAAGGAGAACCUCUUCAAGGAGAUCCGGGAUAAGAUCAAGGCCCUGGGCAGCCCCCCCUUCCUAGAGCCCCCCGAUCCUGGCCAGGAGGCAUACCCCAAGCGGAGGAAGAGACGGACCACCAUCCCUGCCCGGUCUGGAGGCAGAGGCCACGGGAAGAAGGCGAAGACCCGCUGCAGCCGGAAGCCCCUGCACGUGAACUUCAAGGAGCUGGGCUGGGACGACUGGAUAAUUGCCCCCCUGGAUUAUGAGGCAUAUCACUGCGAGGGGGUCUGUGACUUCCCCCUGCGCUCCCAUCUGGAGCCCACCAACCAUGCCAUCAUCCAGACCCUGAUGAACUCCAUGGACCCGGAGUCUACUCCCCCCAGCUGCUGUGUGCCCUCCAAGCUCAGCCCCAUCAGCAUCCUCUACAUAGACUCUGGGAACAAUGUGGUUUACAAACAGUAUGAGGACAUGGUCGUGGAGACGUGUGGCUGCAGGUAGCAACUUCUGCAGCUCUCCCCUUCCCCACCCUGCUCUUCCCCACCCAGCAGCCCUGCCCCAUUUUAUAUAUAUAAAUAUAAAUUUUUAUAUAUAUAUAUAUAUAUAUAUAUACACACACAUACACAUUUUGGUCUGUGCCUUUCCAAAAGCCAAGCUCACAGCAGGUGUCCCCUGUCUUCCUGGGGCCGUGCUGGCCAUAAGCCUGGGAGGGAUGGGGGAUGCCCCCUCUGCCCCGUCCCAAGACAGUGAGGCUGUAGGUUGGCCUCUUCCUGGGCCCCCUCAAAGAAAGUGACCCCCACCACCCAUGCCGGGUUUCCGCAGGCUCAGCUGGGGGUGAUGCACUGUGGUGGGAGGCUGGGCUCCCUGCCUGGAGCUGCUGCCAUCUCCACGCCUUGCCUGCUUCCCCCCGGGAAAGGGGGACGCAGCCUGGCAGAGCCCCCAGGGAAUGCCCGCUCAGCCACUGAGCUCCACCUGGUCUGCUUGGUUUGCCCAAGUUGAGCUGACACCUUCUUUCCCAAAGGUUUUGGGAAAGGUCUGGUCAAAAUUGUCUCGAGGUUGGGGGGCGGACCAGAGCGGUGGCUGCAGCAGAGGUGUCGGGCCAGCAUCACUCUCCAGCUGUGGCAGUGGGGUGCAGGGGAGGUGGGAACACUCUUUUCUCUGGGUUAAAGGAGUUUUUCUGGCUGCCUUUAAAUCGCUGCCCUGGGUUUGCCAGAGUCAGAAGGAUGUACCCCGGGGGGAAGGCAGGGCGUGGAGAACCCGUGGCUGUGGCAGGUUGAAAUAAUUUGGUCCAUGCCUGUUAGCAGUGGGGAGAGAUUUGUGACUCUGUCGGGGACAGGGAAGAAGUCCCCCAUAACUGGAGGCUAAAGUGAGAGUCAGGUCUGAAGCAGAGCUUGUGCUCUCAGCAGGGAUGGGAACGGCCCUGGAAGGUGUUAGCUGGGGAUGCCGUGGCUCCGUAUGGUUCGAAGUGCUGGCCCUGUUGCUGAUGUCCUGCAGGAGGUACUGGCUGGCGAGUCCGCUCCCUUUCCUGCACGAAACCCCAUUUCCAAGGCACACUAGGCACUUGGCAUCAGGCCCAUGAGUCACACAGCUGUCCCCAGUGUGUUUGGAGAGAAGCAAAUGUCCCGAGUUCCCUGGGGAAGAGCGAUUUCACUCGGGUUCUUCUUUUCCCAAAUAAUGUCUAACAGCACUAAGUUCCACCAUACCUUCCUUUGGCACCGAUUCCCCAGUGAGCUCCGUCUCUGCCCGGUGUGCCUGCCUCUCCCCACUCCAUUUAGGGAGCCUGGAUCUGCUGGGAACAGAUGUUUCCCAUGCAAACGGCUGAAUGCCAUCCUCAGAGACUGCUACUUAAAGUGGGUGCUUUGACCCAUGCUGAAACGGCUACGGGAUUUUUGUAACUCAGGAGCUGAGCAUAAAUUGUACCUUUAAAGCAGAGAAGGCUGGCAUCGAUGCCAAGGUGUAUUUUGGAUGCUGGGAAGCAUUUCUGCUGCACCUUGGUGGCUUUUGGUACCGAACUUCAGGUUCAUGGCUGGGUUGGCUUAGACCAGAGAUGUAUUUGCACAGAUUCUGCUUUUGAUGAUUUUUUUUUUUUUUUUUAAACUGGUGGUCAAGGUGUGUAAACAUCAGUGUUCAUUAGUGAUGGUAGCUUGCUUUUGGGGGUUUUCAUGCUAGAAAACGUGGGAUUUUUUUCUAUAUAAAGCCAGUUGUCCUCCAUCUUGGGGGUGUUCUGCUAGGGAGGGCUGAACCUAGCCAGGGCAGAGAGGGUGUCACCUCAAAGAACUCUACAGAGAUCCAAAUGAUUUCAAAGGUCGGGAAAGCCUCAGUGAGGGUCCAACAGCCCCCUCCCUUCAAAAAAAUAGUACAUCAGCAGGGAGUAAACCAUGUCCAUCAAUAACAGUGAUAUAUAUAUCUGCAGGACUGAACUCCCCAGCCCCCUCCAUCCUUACCCCGCUGAGGUCUGCUCUGCAUCCUCAGGCUGUGGCCAUUGGCAACUCAGGAGAGCAAAUGUGGUACCCGUACCUUGUGUAACCCCCUUGACAACUGCGGAGCUUCUCUGGCUUUAUAUCCACGUAUCUGAGAGGAAAAUCUGGCUCCCUACCUCAGCAUGAAUGUAAAUAUAUAUUAAGUGCGAUGUACCCAUACCCAGGGGGUGUUCACAGGUGGAGGUUAGCAGGGGUGAGGAAGAAUCAGGUCUGUGCUGGUGAGUUUUCUCACUGUCAGCAUUUGUGGGGGGCGAGGUGCAACUAGCGGUGAGGAGGGGUCGGCGGGAGGGCUCAAGGCUUUCCUUUGACAUUUGGCUUUAGCGCAGGCGGUUAGGGAAGGAGAUUGGCACAAGCAGCACCGGAGCUGCUUGCUCUAGGAAUGCUACGUCAUUUAUAAAGUUACCAGGCUUUCAAAGUACCUAAUUUUUCUGUUGCUGUUGGUUGCUUGAUAGUUUUUCUCACUAUUGAGACAACUUUUUCUAUGUUUUCAUUUCUUUUGCCCCCUCCCCUUCCUCCAAGUGUUUGCAGUAGAAGCUCGUGAGCAGUUCAAAUCCGGGCAAGUUAUAGGCAGCUCUAUCCACCUGGUGGCUUUUGUGAGUCUUGGCCAAACGAGUGGCCUGAGACCUGCUCCUGUGGGACCACGUCUGAGGGGGUGCUGAUGCCAGUGACCCUGGUCCUUGUGGCUGUUGUUCAGCCACAGCUGCAGGGGAUGAACAGACAGAUAGAUAGAUGUCACCCACCUGAGGUCUGGAGAUGGCUGAUGGAGAGCGGGGUGAUGGUUUGGGUCUCACGAUGUUUUACCAGGACCCCAGUGCUGGGGUGCUGUGUGCUGCUGGGGCUCUGUCCUGAACCCCACGAUGGCUUUGCUGGCCCUGGGGAGAAAACCUGUGGCUCAGUCACUGCAGUUUCAUCACCUGGAGCGCUAUGAUAAAAGUGUGUGUGGGGGACCAUUUGGGGACGGUGCAGAGGCCACGGCUGGCAGAAACUCCAUCCAUAGUUUUGCCCUUGUGGGAAGCAGUCCUGGCUCUCCUGGCUGCACGUACCUCUCCCUAAACAGGCAUGUUUGGUGGGAGAUCAAACCUCAGCCACCCAGGGUGAGCCCAGUGGCAGUGUGGCCCUUUGCAUUCACACCCAUGGUGACACCGCCAUGGUGACCAAACCAGCCACUCUUUUAAGAAAGCAUCUGCUCUUUUCCUGGUCAAACAACCUCCGGAGGACAACGGGAGGGCGAAGGGUGGCAUUGGACACUCUGCUUGCCUAAGGGGACAGGAGAGGGAAGCACCUGGGACUGCUCCAGGACGAUGAGUAUGAGCAAGGCAAGGCUGGCAGGGAGUGGGGCUGGGGCUCUUGGUGAGUAACUGUGCUGCUCCCCCCUGGGCAAGCACACUGACUGCAGCACUUGGCGCUCAUGUUGCUCACUGCUCUUGGAGGAGUAUUUCCAGAGCAAAAGCCACUAGUCCUCCUAUUAUGAAUACCUGUGUGCUGGCUGCAAGGGCUGCCUCUCCAUCCCCAGGCAGAUUCAGAGCUUGCACCCAGACAGUUGGAUCAGGCUUGGGCAGCAGCCACCAGAGCCGUUGCAAAUGGAAGUGUUGAGGCCCUGGUGACGUGCAAAAGCCUUUUGUGGUCAGGGAGGUUCCCACAGCUGAGAUGCUGCAGCCCUGCUGCACUGGGGAGCAAUGGGGGGCUGUAUCUUCAAAGGGCAGGGAGGAGUAACUCCUGCCUUCAGAGGCAGGUAAGCUGGGCAUCGUCUGCAGGGUGGUAGUAGCCCAGUCCAGUACCCCAACCCUGGAGCUGGUCCUCCGCAGAGCAUCACCCUCUGCCAUAGGAAUGGUCCAGAAGCAAUGUAUUUCUGAUCGGUCACCUCUUGCCUGAGCUGAUUUUGGGGCACAUGUAAGCAUUAUAAAUAAGAGACUAGAGACUGAACAUGGACAAAUAUGAAUUCAGUGGACUCGGAGUGUUUUUAAUGGAUAAUUUUAGGUUCACAAUCUACAGUAUUUAUGUGACCUUUCCAGUUAAAAAAGCCAGUUUCCAUGCAGAGUAUAUUCUCCUGGAGGAUUUGUUUGACCUUCAGCACAUUUUUAUCUGCAGGAUUUAAUUACAGUGAAGCUAGAAAUAUUAAGCAUUUGAAGAGGACUUAGAUAUGUAAGCUUAACUGUCUCCCCCACCAGUGAUUUGGGGAAGGACGCCCGGUCGGGACAGGACUGGUGUGUGUGCCUUGCCUUGGGGCUCCUUGAGCUCUAUAAAACUAAAGCCUGUGCUUAAGGCACUGCCUGCUCUGUGUCCUGAAGCCCCCUGUCCAGUGGAGUCCCAUAGCAGGGACAGUCCGAAGAAAAAUGGCUUUAUGCCCAGUUUAACUGCCUGAUGACCAGGGGUGCUUCUGACCUAGAAAUAAUUCCCAGCAAACACAGAUUUUAUCCUUUUUCAUUUUUUAUUUUAAGGAAUAAUUUUUUAUUUAAUUCUCUUAAAACAAAGUGAUUGUAUAACACCCCCCCCCCCCCCCUUUAUUUAUUUAUUUUUUUUACAUCAUACUUCACAUCCAGUGGUAGAAGGGAAAUGAGAAUCCCCUGGCAGGGAGAAGGACGUUCAUAUGGAGAAGGGCUUGAUUCAGGCUUGCAGCAUCUCUGUCCUGGCUAGCUGUGUUGAUCCCAGCAGCCUUGCUUCUGGUCAGUGCUGGCAGAUGAAGCCAUGUCCUCUUUGGCUGUUGCUGGUGCUUGGCGUACCCAUAAGGAAAAGACUGGAAAGGCACCACUUCCAAUUAAAAGCAAACCCCAAGCCUUGAGCCUUCUGCUCAAGUCUGCGUGCCAGCGACUUCUGUGUAUAUUUGCACCAUAUGGAUUUUAACUCAUGUCUUGAUUACACAGCUCUUGUUACUGGAGAAAACUGGGUAGGUCUGCAGUGAUUUAUUGGUCACACUCCCAUUGCAGAACAAGCAACUCCUUUUACUGUUGGCAGUUUUAAGCCCUUAUCCCACAAACCCGAACAUGUGUGUUUAGGGAGAGUCACCUGUGCUGGACCCCAUGCAACAGCAGGCACAUGAGGCAGGAUGAGAUGGGAGAGGCUGGGGCAUCACUUUAAGAUGCCCUGGGGGUGCAGAUCCCACGGGGCUACAGCUGGGCAAGUGGAACGGAGCACGGGUGCUGGUGGAUUGCCUUUGUCUUUGCUCUCCAGACUUAACAGUUUUGCUGUGAGCUUUGGCUUGAUGUGCUUGUCUGCGAUAGCAGCAUCUACAGUUACUCGCAUCAAAAAGCACGAUGUGUGUUGAUGUGACAGACAUGUCGUAAAUACCAAUUCAGCUUAUACUCACAUUGGACUAAACCAAGUGGGAAAUGUCAUGGUUUCCUGCCGAGCACAUAGUGAGCCCUGAAAUACAAGUGCCUUCUCUUUUGUCUGCAUUGGGGCAGCACAGCCAUGUGGCAGGGAGAAAAAAAACCUGUGUGGGGCAGCGGCAGUGAGGGUCUGGGUAUUGCACAGAGCUUGUCAUGAAAUGGGCUGUGCCACUGGAUUUGAAAGAUGGUCAGACCAAAAGGCUUACACUUGGACCUUGGUUGGGCAGUUCCACCAAAUUGCUUGCUGUCCCCCCUGUCUUUGGUGAAGCUGAAGUUGCGGCGUGGAUUUUUCACCCUUCACAUCACCCUCAGGGGAGGUGAGUGGGCAGAAAAAUCUGUGUGGGCAAAACCAGGCUCUGGUCUUUGAGAGUGGCAUGGUUCUUCUUUGAAGUCACCAUGACCAGCAGAUGGAGAGACCGUGUGUGUCCCACUGGCAUCAGAGCAGCUUCCUCAGCAUGGGGGAUCCCUUUACAGCUACAGGGGGUCCGAAUGAGGAUGCUGGGUAGCAGCAUGAGAGCAUACCAGCAUGCCUUACUACUUGGAGUCCGUCCUCCACAAAAACACAUCAGGGAGAGGAGUUGGGAGUAGCUGUCCCAUGGAUGGGGUGUUACUGAUAGUCACAAGCCUGUGACCUUGCAUCGUGGGGGGAGAUUUUCUGCCUUUCCUGUCUUUGAAUUAACGGCUGGUAAAAGAGCAAGAUGUUCCAGGCUGAUAUAUGUAUGACACCAUGAAUUUUGUCAUGAGCUGGUUUACAUCUUCCAUGGUAAAACCAGCUGCAUUCGGUCUUUUAAGGCUCUUUAUUCCUAGUACAGCAUGUUGCAAGGUACACAGAGGCACAAAGAUGUCUCUGAAAAUCAGUUAUCCUUAUCAGUUAUCAGCAAGCAUUCUGGGCCUUUGAAAAAUGACCAAAGUUAGGAACUCCUGCUGGUGUAACCCACUGACCAAGGACCCCACCCUACAUCUCGAAGGAUGCAGUUCAAGAUGUGUAGCCAUGCAGCUGCUUUUUCCUUUUACUGGCACACGUAUCUGAGCAGCCCCCUGAACUCACCGUGUUGGAGGGGAGCCUGAUGUACGUGGUGGUGGGGGGGAGCAUACCAGCGGGCUGGCUGGUGCACCGCAUUUAACUUUUGGCUGAGUGGACUAGAGGAGGAAGCAUUGGGCAGCAGAGUGUUUUCAUGGAGGUCGAUACUGAAAAAUCUUAAACCGAAGCUCGAUCCAUUCCCAGAAAUGGCUGAAAACGAAACCCAGCCAUUUUUCACUGUUUUUACAGCAGGUUUUGCUCUUCAUUUUUCUGUCAUCACCAGUUAUUGGUUCAUUCAUACAUUUUGUGAGCUCAUUCUUCUGCUUUGGUACUUGUGCUGAUACUUCAGGUUUUCAGGAUGGGGAGCACGGAGACUUGCUGUGGUGUUCGGUGGGUGGGGGGAGAGUGGGGCAGGAAAGGCUGAGUCUCAGCAUAGGAGCCUGGGGUGCAGCCUGUGCCCUCGAGCAGGGGACAGUGAGGGGAUAGGUCUGGCAGGGUUGAAGCCAAUGGGAGGAGAGGACCUGCUCACAACAGGUCACAGGCUCAAGUGGUUUUCUGAAGGAAGGUGGAAGGGCUCGGGUCUCCCUUCCCCUCCAGGUUGCUGUGGUGUUGGCCUAUGCUGGUGCCACCCAGGUCUCCACCAUCAGAGGAAUGAGAACCUUCCUGAGAGCUGUGGCAUUGGUUUUGGUCCCAGUUUUUGGGGAGAUGGUAACGUUCCCCACAGAAUUUCAUUCAUUUCCUCCAUCCUGCCUUGGUGAAGAGAGAGGAGGGAAGCAGGAGGGAAAAAAAUAGAGGCAAAGUUUAGGGCUGCCUUGUUCCAAAGCUGGUCAUCCCAGGGAGCUGCAUGCCAGCUGUGUGCUGGGAACUGCUGGGCACCAAGGGGCUCACAGGAGCUCAGCUGUCAGCAGUAGAGCAUGAAAUAACAUCCACAGGCCAGGAAAAGGGAUGGUCGCACAUGGAGGGGCCAGGCUUUAGUCCUGGAAGAGGUGCCAAAGUUAAGGGGUUGUGUAGGUGGUGAUCAGCUGGGGAUGGGGCGUUUUGUAGGGGCAGCAAAUCCUCUCCUUGGCCAGGGAGGGAGGCGAUCGCCCUGGUUACAUUCAUCCGAUGUACUGUGAGUAACUGACCUUUUAUAUAGCACUGGGAAAGACGGGUCUGAGUUUCUGAGGUGCCAAAUAUCCAGUGCUCCCAUGGGUUUCAGUCAAACCCACAUUUGCGCAGUGCCUUUGCAAAUCGAGCUCUUGCAACCUGAGGAGUAGUUAGGGGCUUUGCCUACCUGGAGUGACCAGCUCCAUGUUGCGCUGCAGCUCCUUGCUGGAAAAGCUGGUGGAGAUGCUGCUCACAAGAACUGAAUGCAUGUCCAUGCAGGAAAGACCUGCUCUGCUCUUGGUGCUCCUCAUUUCAGAUGCAGGCAGGAGCAACGUCAGCCCAACUUGUUGAUCCAAUUUGCUGCGUCCAUGCAUAUCCCAUCACUGCAUGCUCUUUUUCUGAAGUCAAGUCAACACUAUCUGGAGCUCCUCUGACAAAAUGAGCCUCUCUGCUGGUCAGUCAUGGUUUUAUUUAUAUGUUCUUUUCUUUGAUUAGAAAGGAAACUGAAAAAGGACUUGCAUUUCCAGUAGCUGUAUCUCUAGUAGUUAAAAUUUUUUAAGCAAUACUCAUAUCCCUGUGUGUGCCUCUAAACUAUCCAUGUAUUUGUUCAGCUUUUUCAGGUCUGAGUGUGUGAAAUAUCUCUAAAGAAGAUAGCUCUGUAAGUGAUGGUGUAAAUGCACUGUUUGUAUGUAUUCUAAAGUUUAAAUAGAUUGUACAUAUGGGAUUGUAAAUGAACUGUAAACAGCAAUCUAUAUUUUCUUGAAUAUAUUAUAUAGCAGUAUAUAUUUGUUAAAUAAGUAUUCUUGUAUACUCUUCAAUAAUCUUUUUAAUAUUUUGUACAGAUAAGUUUAUUAAAUAUUUUAUUGAUAAAUAGAUCUCUGCAAGAUUUUUUUCUUUUGAAGAGUUGUGCCUCUGUCCUGAAACCAG